AUGCAUCCUUUGAGACACUUGGCGUGCAGUCGAUGGUCGUGUCUCCUAAAUAGUAGAGCACCAUGUGUAAAAACAUUGUUCCAUGGAGAUCAGAGGAGACUGUUCAACACCUCAAACAGCCGUAUGACAAUCAUGCCUGCUUGGGUUAUCGAUAGAUACGGCAGCAAUGAUGUCCUACGGUUCACUAAAAACGCUGGGUUCCCAAUCAUCAACUAUCCGAAUGAAGUAAUCGUCAAAGUCCAUGCCGCAGGUCUCAACCCCAUUGACGUCAGCAUGAGAGGUUGGUGCCUGAUAAAGAUAUGUGGUCUUCUAGCUCGUUUGAUUCCCUUGAUGUAACUUUUUUGUAGGCUUCAUGUCAGUGGUUUUCCUAUAACCUUCAGUUCUUAGAGAACAUAGACUAUCAGAUAUUUUACAUAUAGCUUGUGCUUGACUUGGGCAAGAGCUCACCGGAGUACCAGCACCUCAAACGUUCUACUGCUUGAGCUCCUGUUCCUCUUAUAGAAUAUUAGCUCAAACGUAUUGUAGAGCUCCUGCACCAAUAUGAAGACAGAUGCAAGACAUCUUCACAUUUGUGCACACCACUAGUGAAAAGGAAUUUCAACAUCCCUCAGAGUUGACUGAGCAUAUGUUUUGCCAUUCAAAUAUGGUCUGUGUGAGAGAGAGCUAUGUGGGCAGAAUGGAUCACCCCAGGAAACGAGUAAAGCUCUUCUGACGCAAAGGGAAAGUAGACUGUGACGCAACAUGUGGUUUGGGUGUUUAAUUGUUAAUCAUCAACUCCUUACUCGCUCCCACCACUCAGCGACUGUUAAACCACAGCUAGGCCUAGAUGUGCUCUUUGAGGAUGUGGGGUGCUUGGAGUUCUUGAUGGUUACCUCUCGGUGUAUUCAGUGAUGAUCUUGCCAGCUAAUCUGUGUUCUCAUCAUCUUGUUCGUAACUGAAUCCACUUGUCUCCACAUGUACUGUUUUUGUGGUUAUUUCUAAUUGUGUUAGGCCUAAUUUCUGUGUUGUUUCUGCCCUCUCAGGUGGGUAUGGGGCUGCCACCAUGGCCAUGAAGAGAGACCCCCUGAACAUCAACCAGUCGGGCAGUGAGUUCCCCCUCAUUCUGGGCCGAGAUAUGUCCGGAGUCAUCAUGGAGUGUGGUCUGGAUGUGGCACCAGCCUACUUUAAAGAGGGGGAUGAGGUAACACAAACACAGGCCCCAGGAUGGAGUAGAAUAGGGCGGCACUUUCUGCGGGAUGGGUUCGGUGUGUGGCUCUGCGUAUUUGUUUGUGUGUGCAUGUGUGUGUGUGCCUGUGUGUGUAUUUAUACUAUAAGCCUAUGUGGCUCCACAGUUCCUCUUCAUGAAGUCAUGUCAUUGUGGCAUGUUGUGACAGUGAGGCGCUGUCUAUUUUUUGUCUCUUCUGUUAGUGCUUUGUUUACUUAAUCGAAGCACAGCUGUUGUAUAAUGCUACAUUUAAUUGCACCACCUUGGGGCAGUAGUGUAGCCAGAAAUGUGUUUGUGGGGGGGCCUGCAGAACUUUAGGUGGGCCAAAAAACACAUCUAACUUCCUGCAAUUCUACACAUUUUGCCAUGGGGCAAAGAGAAACAUGUGCAGUUUUAAAGCUAAUCUCAUGCUAUUAUACACAUUUUGACAUGAGGCUGAGAGAAAAUGUUACUGUUUUAAAGCUAAUUUCCUACAAUUCUACAGUUUUUGCCAUGGAGCAGAGAAGAACAUGUGCAAUUUCAUAGCUAAUCUCAUGCUAUUGUACACAUUUUUGCCAUGAGGCUGAGAGAAAAUGUUUCAUUUUAAAGCUCAAAUAUAGAUGUGUUGACUGUGAUAAAGGAACUGGAUUAUGAGCUUUCUUGUUUGCUAAAUUAAUAAAUGAAGUAGGCAGUGGCAUGGUGUAUAUAUGUUAUAAAUAUAUGUUAUAAAUAUAUGUUAGCCAGGUCGCAGUUGUAAAUGAGAACUUGUUAACAACUGGCUUACCUGGUUAAAUAAAGGUGAAAAAUAAAUAAAUAUAUAUAACCAUAGAAUCACAGUGACAUACUGUAUGCAUCAAUAUUAUCAUAUUCGUGGCUUAAUGGGGGUGUGGUUUACAGUUAGUUAUUUUCGGCCACCCAUCCCAUGAGUGUGAAUGUCAUUCCAGUGCACUGCUUGCUAUGAAUUAUAUUUACAUUUUUAACAUAGGGCGGCACUUAACAUACCAACCUGGGAGCCUGGGCCAGAUUAAUCGAAUCCCCUCACUGACAAGUAGCAUCAUUUAUUGGGCCCGUGGCUUGCAGCCAAUGGGGCGAUGCAUUGUCAGUGAAACACUAUCCCAUCAAAGGAUGUAAACAUAACAUACAUUGCAUGACCAAAAGUAUGUGGACACCUGCUUGUCGAACAUCUCAUUCCAAAAUCAUGGGCAUUAAUAUGGAGUUGGUCCCCCCUUUGCUGCUAUAACAGCCUCCACUCUUCUGGGAAGGCUGUCCACUAGAUGUUGGAACAUUGCUGAGGGGACUUGCUUCCAUUCAGCCACAAGAGCAUUAGUGAGGUCAGGCACUGAUGUUGGGCGAUUAGACCUGGCUCGCAGUCGGCAUUCCAAUUCAUCCCAAAGGUGUUCGAUGGGGUUGAGGUCAAGGUCCUGUGCAGGGCAGUCAAGUUCUUCCACAACGAUCUCGACAAACCAUUUCUGUAUGAACCUCACUUUGUGCACAGGGGCAUUGUCAUGCUGAAACAGGAAAGGGCCUUCCCCAAACUGUUGCCACAAAGUUGGAAGCACAGAAUCAUCUAUAAUGUCAUUGUAUGCUGUAGCGUUAAGAUUUCCUUUCACUGGAACUAAGGGGGCUAGCCUGAACCAUGAAAAACAGCCCCAGACCGUUAUCCUCCUCCACCAAACAUUACAGUUGGCACUAUGCAUUUGGGCUUCUAGCGUUCUCCAAACCAAGAUUUAUCCGUCGGACUGCCAGAUGGUAAAGCGUGAUUCAUCAGUUUAGAGAACACGUUUCCACUGCUCCAGAGUCCAAUGUCGGUGAGCUUUACACCACUCCUGCCGACGCUUGGCAUUGAGCAUGGUGAUCUUAGGCUUGUGUGCGGCUGCUCGGGCAUGGAAACCCAUUUCAUGAAGCUCUUGACGAACAGUCCUUGUGCUGACGUUGCUUCCAGUGGCAGUUUGGAACUCUGUAGUGAGUGUUGCAACCGAGGACAGGUGAUAUUUACCCGCUUCAGCACUCGGCGGUCCCUUUCUGUGAGCUUGUGUGGCCUACCACUUCGCGGCUGAGCCGUUGUUGCUCCUAGACGUUUCCAAUUCACAAUAACAGCACCUACUGGGCAGCUCUAGCGAGGCAGAAAUUUGACGAACUGACUUGUUGGAAUGGUGGCAUCCUAUGACGGUGCCACGUUGAAAGUCACUGAGCUCUUCAGUAAGGCCAUUCUACUGCCAGUUUGUCUAUGGAGAUUGCAUGGCUAUGUGCUCGAUUUUAUACACCUGUCAGCAAUGGGUGUGGCUGAAAUAGCCAAAUCCACCAGUUUGAACGGGUGUCCACAUACUUUUGUAUAUAUUGUGUAUAUCCAAACAGAGAAUAAAACAUGUCACAAUCUUGGUAUCUGUGCCACCCAUGCAGGGUCAUACCAGUGCAUGGUUGGUUAAGCCAUUGUUGUUGUUUUUCUUCUCAGGUGUGGGCAGCCAUUCCCCCAUGGAAACAAGGCAGUCUGGCUGAGUUUGUGGUGUUGAGUGCAAAUGAGGUACUGUUUUGUUUCUGACCCAUUUAUGUAUGAUGUUGUAGUUUGUUUGUUUUCCAAACCACUGUUUGCUUAUUUCUACAUUCAAAUACAUGUCAAUGUAAAUAGUCUGGGUGGCCAUUUGAUUAAUUGUUCAGCGGUCUUAUGGCUUGUGGGUAAAAGCUGUUAAGGAGCCUUUUGGACCUAGAAUUGGCGCUCCGGUACCGCUUGCUGUGCGGUAGCAGAGAGAACAGUCUAUGACUUGGGUGACUGGAGUCUUUGACAAUUUUUUGGGCCUUCCUCUGACACUGCCUAGUAUAUAGGUCCUGGAUGGCAGGAAGCUUGGCCGUAGACAGUGCCCUCUCUAGCGCCUUACGGUCGGAUGCCGAGUAGUUGCCAUACCAGGCUGUGAUGCAACCGGUCAGGAUGCUCUCGAUGGUGCAGCUGUAUAACUUUUUGAGGAUCUGAGGACCCAUGCCAAAUCUUUUUUAGUCUCCUGAGGGGGAAAAGGUGUUGUCGUGCCUCAACUACAGCCCCGUCGAUGUUAAUGGGGACCUGUUCGGCCCUCCUUUUCCUGUAGUCCACGAUCAUCUCCUUUGUCUUGCUCACAUUGAGGGAGAGGUUGUUGUCAGUGUUUCCCCUUUGAUUAGCGUAGUAGUGGGUGUGGGCGUGGCCAAUGGCGUGGUUUUACAGGCACUGUUAAAUAUAUUGCUCAAUAAUUUUUUCUUCAUACUUUAUAUCUAGUUUUAGUCGUUUAAGUUCACACUGAAAACAUUUAACCAUCCCCAAAAUUAUAUAUGUAUAAGUAAUGUGGCGGUGCGCUGCUGCCGGUGCGCUACUGCUAAAUGCAUAUAGGGGAAACACUGGCCUUUCUAUGUGAAGAGGAGGAGCAAUUAGGACUGCAGACAGACUAGUCAGCUCUGAGUUGGCAUCAUUAUGCAUAACUUUUAAUGGAUGAUUACUGAACCAUUUCAGAUAGUGACAGGUUUGGUGGGAGGUUUAUCAGGCUCAAGGUAGAAGUUGAUCUAGGAUCAGAUUUCUCUUCCCCCUAAUCCUUACCUUAACAUUUUGGAGGAUGAACAGAUAUGUGACCUACUUCUGAGUCCUGAGUGUGCCAUUUUGUGUCCGAGCCAGGUGUCCAAAAAGCCCAAAUGUCUGAGUCACAUAGAGGCAGCGGCUGUUCCUUACGUGGCUGCCACAGCCUUGUCUGCCCUGGUCAACACAGGAGGCCUCAACAAGGACAACUGUGCCAAGAAACGGCAAGUACGCACAUGCCCACGCACACACACACACGUCUCCUGCCACUUUGAGUUCAAGUUGUCUCUUUCCCCUUCUAACCCAUGCUGUUGUCCAUAUUCAUCUAAAAACUCCUCAUGUCUUUGAUCUAGUUGAUUAUUCAACUUGGUUAUUUCAUAAAAAGGCUGUCUGAAUGAGGCCUGUGGGUACUGAUCAUGUGGAGGGAAUUGGACUGUGGGCGUAGUUGGCUCUUUGGAAAUGGGCUUCAUCAGUGGCUGGCAUGGCAUUGGACUUGGCACUUUGAAUCACCUGGUUCACAUGCAAUAGAUAGAACAAUUGAACACAUUUUUGUGUAUAACUUUGAUAAAUUAUAAUUUAUUAUAAUUUAGGUGGAAUUGGCUCCAACCCUGGUGGGUAUUAGAACAGUCGGAACUGUGUUUCCCCCUAUUGAGAAUCAACCCAGAGGGAAAAAUUCAAUUUCCUGCAGCACAUUUUGAGCGUAGGGGCAAUCCAGCUAGACAGAAGAGCGACUAGAGCAUGGCGUUUGCAAUACCAGGGUUGUGGGUUCGUUUCCCACGGGGGACCAGUAUGAAAAAAAAAAAAAAAUGCACUCACUAACUGUAAGUCGCUCUGGAUAAGAGUGUCUGCUAAAUGACUAAAAUGUAAAUAUACACUGAGUGUACAAAACAUUAGGAACAACUGCUCUUUCUGACUAGGUGAAUCCAGGGGAAAGCUAUGAUCCCUUAUUGAUGUCACUUGUUAAAUCUACUUGAAUCAGUAUAGAUGGAGGAGACAGGUUAAAGAAGGAUUUUUAAGCCUUGAGACAAUUGAGACAUGGAUUGUGUAUGUAUGCCAUUCAGAGGGUGAAUGGGCAAGACAAAAUAUGUAAAUGCCUUUGAACAGGGUUAGGUAGGUGCUGGGCGCACUGGUUUGAGUGUGUCAAGAACUGCAACGCUGCUUGGUUUUUCACGCUCAACAGUUUCCCGUGUGUAUCAAGAAUGGUCCACCACCCAAAGGACAUCCAGUCAACUUGACAAAACUGUGGGAAGCUUGGGCCAGCAUCCCUGUGGAACGCUUUUGACAUCUUGUAGAGUCCAUGCCUCAACGAAUUGACACUGUUCUGAUUGAAAAAGGGUUGCAACUCAAUAUUAGGAAGGUGUUCGUAAUGUUUUGUACACUUAGUUUAAUGUGUGUGUGUUUUUUGUACACACAUUAAAUGUAUAUCAAAGUCAAAUACAAAAACCUGGAUUACUAAAGGGACAUACUUUUGUCUCCAUUAUGAAUUUGUGUUUACUUAUCUGUGUUUUAAUCCGUUGUUUUCCGUCCUCAUACAGCAUUCUGAUCCUGGGAGGUUCAGGAGGAGUCGGAACGUUUUCCAUACAGGUGAUCAUGCUGAUGAUAACCAUGAUGUUCUCAUUCUGUAGAUUCAUGACCUAAUCUUCAAUGUGACUUGAAGUUUACUUUCAAUCUUAGGUAUUCAAACCACAUCGCAGUGACGAUAGCUACAUGAUCAUAAUACAAACAAUGGUGGAAAAAAAUUGCCUUAAUCAUAAACAAACAAUUAUAUAAAUCAUAUAAAUUCUGUUCCAUAGAAAGCUGUUUAUAAUUAUGUCAGUAAUGUUAUACACUCGUCUGGGAUCGGGUGACCUAGUGUGCCACUUCACCCUUUUGCUGUGACCUCAAUCUGCACAUCUAUCUUACAUUAGUAUUUCAGGGCUGGUUCAUCUGAUCUCUCCUGUUAUAAGAGAUUAUAUGUAUACCGGCUGCACCCUCGCUCACUUCUAUACACAAGUCUUACUGAUAUUAUCAACCUCAUUCCAGGUACCUCAAAGAGUGUGUUGAUGAUGAUGUAGAUCCUGUUUUCUCAUCUCAGAUGCUGAAGGCCUGGGGAGCCCAUGUGACAGUAACCUGCUCCCAGAAUGCUGAGCGGCUGGUGAGGGGUCUGGGGGUGGAUCACGUGGUGGACUACACAGCUGGGCCUGUUGAGGUGCCCCUGAGGGCGCUGGAAAAGUGAGCUCAGACACACAAACUCAUGGGUCAGUUAGUUGUAAUCGAGGAUUGAGCACCUCUCUCUCAUAGCCAUAGUAAACUGUCAUUGGUGUGUGGGAAAAUAUGACCCUCCAUGUAAUGAAAUGAACUCUCUCUCUCCAUCUCUCUCUACCACUCCCCCCGUCCUAGGUUUGAUCUGGUUCUUGAUAAUGUGGGCGGGGACACAGAGAACUGGGCUCUGGGCCUGCUGAAGCCGUGGUGCGGUGCCAAGUACGUAACACUGGUAACGCCCUUCCUCCGUAACACGGACCGGCUGGGUAUCGCUGAUGGAAUGCUCCAGACCGGGGUCACUGUGGCAUCCAAGGCCCUCAAGGUAACUGUGGCAGUGUUUCUCUAUUUAAUGUAUUCAUACAGGUGAUCACAGAACCAUAUAAGACCUCUGCCUUGAACAUAUGCAGUAAAGUACUUACAAGACUUAUAAGGCAAGAUCCCAUCUCACUCCCCUUGCUUGUCAUCCAACCCUGACAGAGUGACACUGGCAUCCUGUUGGCAUUUGUGGUGUACAGACCGCAAAAUGUGCAGUACAUUUGAGGCUUUGUGCCUAGCAAGUUUCUUCCACUUUUUCUUACUCCCACUCAACACCUCACCACACAAUCGCAAAGAAGUACAGAUAGCUGUAUGUUUAUGUGAGUCUUAUCAGGGAGAACCAGAACUGUGAUGUGCUGAUUACAUUCAUUUAGUACAGCACUGCUGGAAUACUGUACAGUCGUAGUCAAACGUUUUGAGAAUGACACAAGUAUUGGUCUUCACAAAGUUUGCUGCUUCAAUGUUUUUAGAUAUUUGUGUCAGAUGUUACUAUGGUAUACUGAAGUAUAAUUACAAGCAUUCCAUAAGUGUCAAAGGCUUUUAUUUACAAUUACAUUAAGUUUAUGCAAAGAGUCAAUAUUUGCAGUGUUGACCCUUCUUUUUCAAGACCUCUGCAAUCCGCCCUGGCAUGCUGUCAAUUAACUUCUGGGCCACAUCCUGACUGAUGGCAGCCCAUUCUUGCAUAAUCAAUGCUUGGAGCUUGUCAGAAUUUGUGGGUUUUUGUUUGUCCACCCGCCUCUUGAGGAUUGACCACAAGUUCUCAAUGGGAUUAAGGUCUGGGGAGUUUCCUGGCCAUGGACCCAAAAUGUUGAUGUUUUGUUCCCCGAGCCACUUAGUUAUCACUUUUGCCUUAUGGCAAGGAUGCUUUACUGUUGGCAUGACACAGGACUGAUGGUAGCAUCUGGACAAGCUUUUUUCCGGAUGCCCCAAACAAUCGGAAAAUGACUUUACCCCAGUCCUCAGCAGUCCAAUCCCUGUACCUUUUGCAGAAUAUCAGUCUGUCCCUGAUGUUUUUCCUGGAGAGAAGUGGCUUCCUCUCUGCCCUUCUUGACACCAGGCCAUCCUCCAAAAGUCUUUGCCUCACUGUGCGUGCAGAUGCAGUCACACCUGCCUGCUGCCAUUCCUGAGCAAGUUCUGCACUGGUGGUGCCCCGAUCCCGCAGCUGAAUCAACUUUAGGAGACGGUCCUGGCGCUUGCUGGACUUUCUUGGGCGCCCUGAAGCCUUCUUCACAACAAUUGAACCUCUCUCCUUGAAGUUCUUGAUGAUCCGAUAAAUGGUUGAUUUAGGUGCAAUCUUACAAGCAGCAAUAUCCUUGCCUGUGAAGCCCUUUUUGUGCAAAGCAAUGAUGAUGGCACGUGUUUCCUUGCAGGUAACCAUGGUUAACAGAGGAAGAACAAUGAUUUCAAGCACCACCCUCCUUUUAAAGCUUCAAGUCUGUUAUUCUAACUCAAUCAGCAUGACAGAGUGAUCUCCAGCCUUGUCCUCGUCACCUGUGUUAACGAGAGAAUCACAGACAUGAUGUCAGCUGGUCCUUUUGUGGCAGGGCUGAAAUGCAGUGGAAAUGUUUUUUGGGGAUUAAGUUCAUUUUCAUGGCAAAGAGGGACUUUGCAAUUAAUUGUAAUUAAUCUGAUCACUCUUCAUAACAUUCUGGAGUAUAUGCAAAUUGCCAUCAUAAAAACUGAGGCAGCAGACUUUGUGAAAAUUAAUAUUUGUGUAAUUCUCAAAGCUUUUGACCACGACUGUAGCACUUCUAGGCAAAAGUAGGACUUGAACACAUUGUACUCCAGUGCCAUAAGGUUCUCACUUUAUCAGUACUGUAAUAGUUUCUAGUAACAGAAAUUGAAAGACAAUGACUCUGGGAAAUAGAAACUGAAGACAAGGUGGGUGUGUGAAGACAUGGUUUGUCUUGGGGGAACCCCAUGGAAACAUGCACCGUUCUUCUACCCAACUAUAGGUAGAAUGGCAUGGUGGAUUUGUACCAUGGGGUUUGUCCCGGGACAGUGUUAACAGUUGAAAGAGUCAGACCUUGGCUAGAAUAUAGAAGAGGUGGGGGAAUUAAGUCAACACACCUUAUCAACACCCCAUACUAUCUAUCCCUUUUUGAACACCCACAGAUCUUUCUCCCCUCUCCCUUACUGUCUCUCUCCACUCUCUAGAACAUAUGAUCUCUCAUUUCCAAGACAUAGCCUACAAAGUGAUUAGCAGUAAUGGAGCCCCCUGGGCCCUCUAAUGUCCGGGGCCAACGAUGGGAAAACAUGGCCCUCAGGCUUUGGGGAAACAAAGCUGGCUGCAAUGUUGUGGGAGUGUCGAGCUGAUCUCGCGGCCAGCCCAGUAUUAGUGGGCCUUGGGUAGUUUUGGUAGAGAGAAGGCCUCUGUCCCCAGAGAGGGAGCAUGUUACAACAGGGUACAAUUCGCUCCUCAAACCCCUGGCCUAGCAUCUCCAUGGAAACAGCCCUCAGACAGGAAUACAUAAUCCAUUUCUAAUUACUGUAGAAUGUACAUUAACAGAUUUGGUUAAUGUUUAAAUGUUUACCAAUGGUUUGGGGGUUAGACACUUUGGAGGCAUAUUUUGUUUUACUAUUACUAAUACAGAUAGUGUAUGUUCACCUGGUUUGUUAGGUGUCUAAAUGAGUUCCAAAGGAACAGCGGUUAUCCUAUUCACACACAGUGGCUCUCCUCAACAUGUCUUUCUCCUUCCAACCAUUGAAACUCUGUUAACUGUGUGUGUCAUAAGUUUGUAUGUGGCCACGGAGCAGAAGAUUGGGCACUGGUAGAAUAAAGCAUUGAUGAGCAGCACUGAAUGCAAAAGCUCAAAGUGGAAAAUAAUGAAUUGCCGAUGUAGUCUGUGGGUUCAGACAGGAAAUAAUCCACCCUCUCAGUUCCAACCUUUCUUUCUCCACAUACUCUUAGUGUUCAUAGUGCACGCACAGCGUAGUGAGAACUAAAGUGCAGACAACCGGUUUGCCAGUUGAACUGUCCUCAUUUUAAAAUCCUAUUAUCUCCCCAGAGGCUUUAUGUUGAGUAACCUUCCCCUGGACCACACCCUCCUGAGACACGACCCACAAACCCUAGCACUCAGCCGUCUCCUUUUGGAAUCCCAUCUCGAUGCUGGGAAAAAUAAUGAAUAGGAAAUGCCUUCAUGAAAGAGGGGUGCUCCACGCCCUGUCACCUGACAUACUUUGACCCUUAGACUUAGACAGUCCUCUUUGGGUUAGAAUGUCACCUCAUUAAAAAAAAAAAUGAAUCUGCGCGUUUGUGUGUAUGGUGUCUGGGAUAGAAGGUUGUUGAUACAGCCAGGGAUGCCGUUGUGUCUGUGUGGGUCGGUGUCUUGCCUUGUAUGUGCCAACACUGCCUCUCAAUGGUAUAGUGAGUGAUCGACAGCAGAAGAAUAAAACCAAUGCAUUUGUAAUGAGUAGCAUUAUAAACCAUGGAUAUACCACAUGCAAUGAAGGCAAAUGUAACCAGAGAUUCAGACAAAGGUGAUCAUCUACAUAUGUAUGUUUCUCUUUUAUAGGCCCAUAGUUAGGAGUGAGUUAUAAACUGGUAAUAAUCUCAACCUAAUUAUGGACUGAUAAGUUUGUAUGUGAAGUUUGUAGUUUGUAUAAGUUUGUAUAUAGUACAUCUGAGACACAUAUCUUGACUUAAGCAUCUGCAUGUUAGUCUGUGUAUGGGUGGAAAACAACACCAACAUUAAUGUCUUUGUUUUAUUUGAGGGUACAAAACCUUGUUCAUCUCCCUUUUUCUCCUCUGUCACUCCUAGCAUUUAUCCAAGGGAGUGCACUAUCGCUGGGGGAUGUUUGCACCCAACGGACCUGCCCUGGAUGACAUCAGCGAGAUGGUGGAUGCAGGAAAGGUGCUGUACAGUCUUAACGUGCACUUUCUCAGUUGA